AUGACCUCGACCAACAACACCAUAGCUUCAACCAACGACAUCAUGGCCUCUCAAGCAAAGUCCGAGACAACUAUCCCAACCAACGAAAAGCCCCAGCCUCGAUCCGGCCUCACACUAAGUCACUACAUUGUCCUUGCCCUCCUAGUCCUCUUCUCCUUCGUCCCCUACACAUACCAAUACUUCAGAGACCGCGGACGCCAAUCGCCUCUGGAAAUGACGGAAAAGCAGAAUGCAAAAGCUAUACAGUUCCUGGUCAUGACCACCGUCGGCACGGGCUUCUACCUAGUACUUUGGUCGGCAUAUCCGGAACAUCGGAUUUUCAAUCUUGCACGACGGGACCUCUACGACCGAUGCCGCAUGAUUUACGAUGUCUCGAAAAUUCUUCUCAUCCUCACCGGCCUUCGUAUCGCCACGGUCAACAAGAAGUCGUUCCUUUUCUGUUGCGAGGAGAAGGUCCACGUUGGAGUGUACGAUUAUGUUGCUUUGGCUGUUGCUUGUGGUGCCUAUGCGGCUGUGAUUUUCGCGAAGCGGCUUGGUCUUGAGGAGGGAGCGUAA